AUGACUGGAAGAAAAUUUGUUUGUAGAAAAGAUGGAAAUUGUAGUUUUGAUAAGACAAUUCAACGAAUUCCUUCUUCUAAUCUAAGUUUUUCCAUUGCCCGUAGACGUAUUCAAAAAAAUAAAAAUGAGAAUACUCAAGAAGACGAGGAAAAUGCAAAAACAUUAAAUAUUACAAAUAGUACUUUAAUUACAAAUAAUGAAAACGAAGUCCUUUCUUUAAUUAGAGAAACACUUUGUUUGGAAGAAAAAUUGGAAAAAUUACGUUUUUCGUAUUUUAAUCCAAAAGAUAAAAAUUUAAAAAUUAUCGAGGCUAUUGAAGAACCUACAAUUUUCUCAAACAUUAGCAAAUAUCCACCAGUUGAAAAAUGGCCUCCAACUUCUUUGCCCUGUUCUGAACGUAGAAAAUUUGGAGUGGCUAAAUUUUGGGUUUAUACAGAUCUCUACCUUGGAAUGUACAUAUUUUUAAAAAUAAAAAUACUGCUAAUUAUUUUUAGGUCUUAUGUUAAAACACUUCCAAUGUUUAAAAGUCUUUCUCUUGAAGAAAAAAUAGCGUUAAUUAAGAGUAUUGUUGUACCUAAUCAACUACUUACUACUGCAAGUUUUUCAUCUCAAAUUAAUUCGAAUGUUGUACAAUAUCCAGACGGUUCUAGUCCAUUCAAAAACAAAGCUAAUAUAAUGCCUUUGGAAAAAGAACUUUCCAAAGUUAAGUUUAUAUUUAAUUAUUAA